GAGUGCAUUGGUCCUGCAAAGUUCACCCAGAAGGAGUUGACCAGCAGACACUGAUCCAAUCAUGUCCCAAGGAAAGAAUAAAGAUAUGGGCUCUGCCUUCAUCCAGACCCAGCAGUUGCACGCUGCCAUGGCUGACACCUUCCUGGAGCACAUGUGUCUGCUGGACAUUGACUCCACCCCUACCAAGUCUCGCAACACCGGCAUCAUCUGCACCAUCGGACCGGCCUCAAGCUCUGUGAACAUGCUGAAGGAAAUGAUCAAGGCUGGGAUGAACAUUGCGAGAAUGAACUUCUCUCACGGAACUCAUGAGUACCAUGCUGAAACCAUCAAGAACGUCCGUGAAGCCGCAGAGAGCUUUGUACCUGGAACCGUUGAGUACAGACCAGUUUCUAUUGCUCUGGACACCAAGGGACCUGAAAUCAGGACUGGACUCAUCAAGGGCAGCGGCACCGCUGAGGUCGAGUUGAAGAAGGGCGGCAAAAUCAAGCUCACCCUGAAUGACGGAUUCAAGGACAACUGCGAUGAGAACAACUUGUGGCUCGACUACAAGAACAUCACCAAGGUUGUGCAAGUUGGAGGUCACGUCUACAUCGACGAUGGUCUCAUGUCCCUCAAGGUGUUGGAAGUUGGCGGCGACUUCCUGAUGUGUGAGAUUGAGAAUGGAGGGAUGCUCGGCAGCAAGAAGGGAGUGAACCUCCCUGGUGCGGCCGUGGACCUGCCCGCUGUGUCUGAGAAGGACAUACAGGACCUGCAGUUCGGCGUGGAGCAGGGCGUCGACAUGGUCUUCGCCUCUUUCAUCCGCAAGGCCGCCGAUGUGCACGCUGUCAGGAAGGUGCUGGGUGAGAAGGGCAAGGACAUCAAGAUCAUCAGCAAGGUGGAGAACCUUGAGGGAGUGCGCAAGUUUGAUGAGAUUCUGGAGGCUAGCGAUGGCAUCAUGGUUGCCCGUGGUGACCUGGGUAUCGAGAUCCCCACAGAGAAGGUCUUCCUGGCCCAGAAGAUGAUGAUUGGCCGCAGCAACAGGAUGGGCAAGCCCAUCACCUGCGCUACACAGAUGCUGGAAAGCAUGAUCAAGAAGCCCCGCCCCACCCGUGCCGAGGGCAGCGACGUGGCAAACGCCGUGCUGGACGGUGCUGACUGCAUCAUGCUGAGCGGGGAGACCGCCAAGGGAGAGUACCCACUGGAGGCUGUCCGCACACAGCACAGGAUCGCCCGCGAGGCCGAGGCUGCCAUGUUCCACAGGCAGAUGUUUGAAGAGCUCCGCCGCACCUCUCACCUGACCCGUGACCCCACCGAGUCCGUCGCCAUCGGAGCCGUCGAGGCUUCCUUCAAGUGCUGCGCCAGCGCCAUCAUCGUGCUCACCAAGUCUGGCAGAUCUGCUCAGCUGCUGUCCAGGUAUAGGCCCCGCGCCCCCAUCAUUGCUGUGACCCGUUGCGGUCAGACCGCCCGCCAGUCCCACUUGUACCGCGGCAUCUUCCCCGUGAUGUACACCAAGCCCGCCAAUGAUGUCUGGGCCGAGGAUGUCGACCUCCGCGUCAACUUUGCCAUGGAGAUGGGCAAGCACCGCAUGUUCUUCAAGUCUGGUGAUGUGGUCAUUGUUGUGACCGGAUGGCGUCCAGGUUCUGGUUACACCAACACCAUGCGUGUUGUUCUUGUGCCUUGAACACCAAUAAAGGACAUUACCAAUCCCCCUUCUCCCCUCUCCUGUAACCCCCCUUCCACUCCCAUAGAGGCCAGCUGUCCUUUACUCCCCUCCAGACUCCCCCCAAACAGAAUCCUCAGCCACUGGAAGCCAACGGCAGGUCACUUCUCCAAAGGAUGUUUGGCAGGGCCAUUCAAACAAAGACAGUCACUUUCCACACUACUUGAUUCCAAAAACCUACAGAUGUUUCAUCUCCUGUAUCAUCCAAGUCAUCCAACCCAGAAGCUGUACUCCUUUGACACUUUGCUGCAAAAUCUUCUGUCUUGCAUCAUGUCAUGUAUCAUGCCUGACUUGAGUUUGCCAGGUGUGAGGAGUUAAGAUUGUUAUCACCUAUGCAUUUCAGGACCACUCUGUCAGUUCCUUUACUGGUACAUUCAUCUGGAAUAUCAAUGUAAUUUAGAGUCAAGCAUGUGUCCUCCUGUAUUGACAGAUUGGGCUCGACUGACGUUAAAGAUAUGGGACUCGAUUAUGUGCUAAUCUAGGUUGUUAAAUGGGAUUCCAUGCAUUAAAGAGUUGAACACCUGA